AAGUGCAUUUCAUUUCUGUUUACAUACAACAAAAACAAUAAUUCUUGUGAAAAUAUAGAAAUUCUUGUUCAAUAGUGUUUUUGGUGGGUUUUAACAAUUAACAACAAAUAUCAAUAGUUGAUUUUUGUUAUAGAAAAUCAAACGCUCAGGCACAGAAAAUAAACAGAAUGACUUUAAAAGUAUAUUAUGAUUUAUUGUCACAACCAUCACGGGCAUUGUUGAUGUUUUUACAAGUUUCAAAAGUACCAUUUGAACAUCGACCGAUUGCUUUAGCUGCGGGUGAACAUUUAUCUUCGGAAUUUAAGGCAAUAUCACGAUUUCAAAAAUUACCAGUAAUCGAUGACAAUGGUUUUAAGCUUUCAGAAAGUAUAGCAAUUGUAAGAUAUUUGGUUCGAGAAAAACUUAUUCCAGAUCAUUGGUAUUCAAGAAAUAGUCAACAACAAGCUAGAAUUGACGAAUACUUAGAAUGGCAACAUUUAAACACAAGAUUCCAUUGUGCUUCGUACUUUACAGUUAAAUUCCGAAAACCUUUAGUUACCGGAGCACCACCUAGUCAAGCAACCAUAAAUAGUUACGAAAUGAAAUUAAAUAAAUGUUUAAAUGGAAUUGAAAAUUUAUGGUUGAGAGAUAACAAGUACCUGGUAGGAAAUAAAAUUACUGUUGCUGAUUUAUUUGGAGCAAAUGAAAUUGAACAAACAAGAAUAGCGGGAUUCGAUCCACGAGAAGGUCGACCAAUAUUAUCAGCAUGGCUAGAACGUGUACGUAAUGAUGUAAAUCCAUAUUACGAUGAAGUAUUAAGUACCUUGAAUGAAUUAGCUGGAAACAAGGAAGAUCUCAAAGCGUCUGCUAAAAUUUAAAGAUAAAAAACAAUUUGUAUUAAUACCAUUUAUAUAGUUUGUAAGAUAUUUUAUACGGCGCUAACUACAACCAUAUAUCCCUUUCCUUAAAAUUCCUUUAUAAAACCUGCUCCUGGAAUAAUUGUGGCAUAGGAUACAUAAAUAUUUUUAUAUUUUUG